AUGGAGUGUGUGACUUCUACGUCCUUUUCUAUUUGUAUCAAUGAAGAGAUGCAUGGUUUAUUUAAAGAGAAACGGGGUCUUUGGCAAGGCAAUCCAUUGUCUCCUUAUUUAUUUACUUUGGUUAUGGAAGUUUUAUCUUUGAUGUUACACCGUGGGAUUAAUGAGUGGGGUGAUGCUUCUUCUGCUAAGGUGGUGUGGGAGGGUUUGGAAGAGUUCAAAAGCGUUUCUCGCUUAUCUCCAAGUAUUCUGAAAAGUAUUGCUUAUUUUUCUAAAGUUCUUAAUCAUGUAAAGCUAGCUAUCCUGAGGAUUUUACCAUUUGAAGAAGGAAAAUUACCGAUCAAGUCGAUUGCAACUUGUUCAAUUAGUUUCGUUUAUUGGUCUUCAGUGUUUAUACUUCCUACGAGGGUGACUACUGAGAUUGAACAAAUUUUGCGCGGGUUUCUUUGGAGCCAAGGUGUUUUGAAAAAAGGGCAGGCUAAAGUAGCAUGGGAUGUCGUUUGCCUUCCAAAGCAAGAGGGUAGACUCGGUAUACAAUGGCUGGAUAUCUGGAAUUCUGUUUUAAUGACUACUCAUGUGUGUAAUUUACUGAUUUUGAAAGAGUCAUUGCGGGUUAAGUGGAUACAUGCGCAUAGGCUUCGGGGGAAGAACUUUUGGGACGUUCAGGUGAAAGGAAACUUAUCUUGGAGCUGGAGGAAACUUGUUCAGAUUCGCCCCACAAUCAAAAAGCGUUUUUGGUUUGUUCUUGGUAAUGGUAAUUCAGCUUCUGUAUGGUAUGAUAACUGUGCAGAUUGUUGUCCGAUUUUAAAUCAUGUUACUACUAGAAUGAUUAAGAGUGCAGGUCAUAGUUUGGAGUCAAAAGUGGUAGACAUUGUUGAUAAUGGUAUAUGGAAGCUUCCUGCGAAUUGGGAUCAACAAGUUUUGGCGACUACCGCUCCUGUUCUGGAUUCAAAUUCGAGGGAUUCUCUUAAAUAG